GGUUCGGCUUGCAUUCGCAGAGAACAGGUCUGCGCAACAGUUGGUUGUUCGACGUCCCAGCGAUUGGCUAAUCUGCACCAGCUGGUCGGAACAAAAGGUACAAUCCUAGCUACUAGUAGAGCUAAUCGUUAGGUACGACCGUAUCUUUCUGUUUUGCUUCCUCACGAUUUGCCAAAGAACAACCCAUCACCAUCCAUCACCGUCCAGUUUCGCCUUCCCUUGUCCUUUUACAAUCUCAUAAAUUCAGGUCGGCUGGUCCUUUUUCUUGUUUGAUCAUCCAUUCUAUCUAUCUACUACUGUACACCAUGAAGCUAUUGAGUUGUUUGUUGUUGUUGGCUACUACUGGCAGCCAAGCCUUUGUGGUCAAGCCAUCGAUGCAGCGUGUGGCCACUCAAGUGAAUGUGGCGUCUCCUCCCAUUGAUGAAUGGAAUCAACCCAUCCCCGAAAAGGUCUCCACCGCCCCGGUGCCUGUCAACAAGGUCUCCAAGGCGGCGCGUUCUCGCAUGGCCGACCGUAUCAUUGAUCCUGACUUUUCUUUGGCUUUGGGAGUUUUCCUGUUGGCACCCAUGAUUGCUUGGUACCAUCCCACUUACAUGGCGGAUGGCAGCCCUUCUUUGCUUGGUGUUUUUGGAGCUGGAUUCCAUUUGGUCUUUGCCGCUCUCUUGUGGGUCCAGACGGUCCGCGUCCGUCUUGUAUUUGAAAAGGACUCGAUGGAAUUUUACAAUGUCAAGGGACCUCAAUGUGACCUCGAAAAGGGCGCCAAGUUGGUCAAGAAACCCAGCAACUAUGUGGCCGACACUGCCAAUCGCUGGAAGUACGACGACAUUAUCAACUACGGUUUCUUCCCCAGCUUGGAGUUCCCCGUGAUCUGCUACAUGAAGGAAACCAACACGGACCCCGCCAAGUGGAACCGAUGGUUUGCUGCCUUUGACUCGUACGGACGAGGACAGCCCCAUUUCUUUCCUGGAAUCUGCAAUGCCCGUCAAAUCAAGGAAGAAUUCGAAAAGCGUGGAGUUGCCCGCAAGCCCAUCCCCAUGAUUGGAGGAAAAGUGAGCAAGAAGUAAAUAUCGCUGUUUGAUUUUGAAUGGUCGGGGGAGUGCUGUUGUGUAAUGGAUGGACGGAUGGAUGUAAAAAAGAGAGAUUGGUUGGAAGAGAAGACUGGAACGACAAUGGUGAUACUACAGCAUGUCUACCAGUGUUUCUUCUUUCAAUUCAAGAAGAACCAUCCAAGCGCACAGCACAAACCCAGAAUACAAGAAGAACAGGACGAAUCACAGCACACUGCACACUAAUAUCGUUUCAUAUCCAGACAGACAGAAGAAAAACCCAUGCUGCUUGCUUUCGAGAAGAACAAAAACGAUCCGCAAAGCAAGUCAACAUGACAAGAAAAACAUGACACUACUUUUCAAGGUUAAUGCAGUAGAGUAGAUGCAGUAACACCAGAACUUUACCUUGAUAUCAAA